AUGCAUUUUGGCCACCAAGAUAACGCUAAUCUACCACCGCCUGACCUGUCGCCGCUGUCUAAUAAGAACAAAUGCGGUGAAUCUGAGCGAUGUUCUCGUGGGGAUAGUUCCAGUCCUGAACCUUCAGAGUGUGGUGCCGUUGUUGGUUUGUCAAAAUGCACAGCUACUAAAGUUGAAGAUGGAGCAGAUUUGGAUAGUUCACCGGAUCACUGUACAAAUAAUAAUUUGUUAGCACCUGAAAGCUCCGAGCAAGACACGUGCAGAGACGCUUGCAUGAACAUUAGGCUUCGAACGGAGAGGUUGUUCGAUUAUUUGUCUGCAUAUAUUGCUCAGCUAGCCACGAAAGGAACCAAGGAAGCUGAACAUGAAUUGAAAAAAGUAGAGUUUGAAAUGAGAACCGUGAUGCAGAAGAUAACUCAUGGCGAAAACUUGUCGACCACUGCUUUGCUUCUUCGCAGAGAGCUUGCUAGUGAAACUCGUGAACCUCUUUUCUAUGAAGCUUAUGGAAAGAUGAAUAAUCCGAUGUAA